AUUCACCAUUAACAGAGAUGACAUUCAACUCAAAACGCAGACCCCUCCCCCAUCCCUAUUUCCACUAAUCAACAACAAAGAACGAGGCAUAUCUCUCUCUCUCUUUCAAUGGACGAAUCUACUGUCCCUCACCCUCCCCAAGACACCACCGCAACGACCACCACUAACAGCGCUGAUGAUAGCACCACAAACAGUGACUGCACCGCCAGCACUACCAAUAGCAAAAAGUCUAAAGGCAAAGGUGGUCCUGAUAAUAACAAGUUCAGAUACAGAGGGGUAAGGCAAAGGAGCUGGGAUAAAUGGGUCGCCGAGAUCCGAGAACCCCGAAAACGCUCUAGAAAAUGGCUCGGUACCUUCUUCACAGCCGAGGAAGCAGCUCGCGCUUAUGAUCGUGCCGCCAUGGUUCUCUACGGUUCUAAAACUCAGCUUAAUCUUCAACCCUCUGCUUCCCCCUCAUCGGUUCAGUCUUCUCCUUCACGCAGUGGCUCCUCAUCCUCAACCCAGACGUUAAGGCCUUUGCUUCCUCGUCCUUCGGAGUUCAGGUUCAGCUUUUCCCCGUCGGUUCAAGUGGUUCAUUCGGUUCCCAUGGCGGCGGGUGUUCCCUUGGGGUUCGGGCAAUAUGGGGUUUACCAGUCACCAGCGUUGUUGCACCCUACCCAUGCAGAGAAUGCGCCGUCGCAAGUAAUGCAAGUGUUUCAGCAACUACCUCAGCAUCAGUAUUACGCGCCGUUUAAUGGAAACGACGUCAGCAGUGGUGGUUCUGGGCCCGCGGAGACAACCUCGUAUCCAAACACUAACCCUUAUUAUCAAUGUCAGGACUUACAACUUCAUCAUGGGAAUUUCUCUGAUGAUGUCAACUCGUUGAUCGGUGCGGUGGGUUUAGGUUUGUCUAUGCCGAUUGCUCAUAAGACGCCUGCCGUUGCACCAGUGAGUCCGGAUCCAGUUUUAGUGGUUGGACCCGGAUCUCCAUCUGUUUGGCCCUUCACGAACGAUGAUGAUUAUCCCCCAGCUUCCAUUUGGAAUGAUGAGGAUCCAUUCUUGUUUGAUUUUUGAAGCUCAGAGAAGACAUGGAAAUUUCAGAAAUUUCACCACAUGUAAGUUCUCAAGUAGGUUCGUUUGGAGACUGCACUUCAUGUCUUCAAAUUAAAAUAUAAUAUUUUGUCCAUUUUUCAUGGAAGGAAAAGAAGAUAGAUCAUAAUAGCUUACAAGACCUCCUCCUCCAAAGUGUGCUUGAAAUUGAAAAUAUUUUAUAGAGAUUAAUUUGAAGAUUCAUGUGAGUUCUAUAUAUAUAGAAUUUGAAGAUCUAUAUAGUGAAAGAGACCAAAGAGAGAUUAUCUUAAUUAAUUAAUUAGUUCACA